CAGGCAGUCUAGCGAUGGACACCAACCUCCAGGGGACAUUCCUUCUCAACAACCCUCCUCUGCCCCCUUUCCCAGAGGUGAAGGCCUCGAUGUGCCAGUAUACAGUGCAAAACUCCUUCUACAAGCUCAGCCCCCCCGGGCUGAGUGCCCAGCUGGCUGCUGGCACACCGCAUGGCAUCAGCGACAUCCUGAGCAGACCAGUGGCUCCACCGAAUGGGGGUCUUCUCUCGGGCUACUCCCACGUUGGUGGGUUCAACGGACUGGGCACCCAGAGCCUUUACUACGGGUCUCAAGUGGGGAACUUCUCCAAAGCCGGAAGCGAAUACUCAGCCAGAGGUCGGAACUGCUGGGCAGACACAGGGCAGGAGUGGCAUGGAGCUCGGCCAUGUGGCAACCGUGAGUAGCAAACUAGCCAUGGGGUGGGGUGGGUUUGGGGGGACGUGGGGGGGGGGGAGUAGCCAGGAGAGGUAUCUGUAAGGGUGAGGCGAUGGCCUUGGGUGGCGAAAGGAAACUGGCAAGGCUGAACCGAGGGCAGAACUUGGUCCUGGAAUACGCAAAGUAGUUAUGAUUGUUCAUUAUGGCAGCAUUCAAGUAUGUGGAGCAACUUGGGCACUCCCUGCCUCGAGGGGCUUGCAGUAUGCAUUUGAACAGCAAGUGAAAAAACACAGUGAAGAAAAAAGAGAGAAAGUUGAAGGAUGAAUGAACACAGGCAAAGGCAGCUAAACAUGCUGGACUUUGUUUGACUGGGGAAGAGAGGGGGCGCUUAAGAAGUCAAAGGGCACCAGAAAGAGGCAGGUUUGCAUGUAGAGUCAUCGGUGUUUGUAGUGCUUUCACAGAGUCACAUGCAGGAGGAAAAACAGGAUAUUUUGGAACCAGGAGCUUACAGGUUUUGAGAGAGUGAGAGACAGCAAUGACAGGAAAAAGUAACUAGAGGUAACAUGGCAAACAAGCAGACAAGUAUCCUUGAGCAUGUGCAGAGUUUUAAUAACCACAGGCAGCCUUUCACCUCUUGGAUUGGGGCAGGCCUUCUAGGUCAGAGAGCCCUGGGAUCCCUUAUGUAUCUCUCACCCCCACCUCACAUUUGUUUGGAGAUUGGUCACUGCAGAAAGUGGGGGGAGGGGAGGUUACCUGGUUUUCUGGAACAGGUGCCUGAGAAAGCUGCAGGAAGGUGACUGGCUCCUUUGCCCUCCCUCUGCGUUGCUUUUCCUGGGCAAAGGGAGCGGUUCUCGGAAUCAAGCAAAGUUUAUCCUUGGCUGCCACGAAAGUGCCCCUUGGAAUGACAGAUGGCGCCGGGUAGCCGGGUGCUGCUGAUAUGGGGCUCCAUAAAGAAGUGUGCAAAAGGCCAGGGGCACUAGUGUGGCAUGGGCACAGGUGCCAGGGAAACAGCCCUGGUGGAAGGAGAAACACGUGGCAAACCCACCCUCCGCAAAGGGAAGAGCUGUGCCCCAUCCCAUCCUCUAGGGCAGCGGGUGGGGAGCCUCUGCCCCUCCAGAUGCUGAUGGACUCCAGUUCCCAUCAGGCCUAAUGUUCAGGGACGGUGGGAGUGGCAGUCUAGCACCAUCUGGUGAGGCAGAGGUUCAUCUGGGGCAGCUUUUCCCCAAACCAGGGGGGAACAUGUUUUUCAACCACAACUCCCAUCGUCCCUAACCAAUGGCUGCUGUGGCUGAGGCUGAUGGGGAGUGGAGUCCAAUAACAUCUGGUUGGGCAAAGGUUGGGGAAGUUGGGCAAUAAAGGCUGCCCUGGAGUCCAGCAUCACUUUGCAUUCCCUGCAGCUGCUCUCUGCUUCAGGGGGUUGGACUAAAUGGGCCUCAUGGUCCCUCCCAGCUCUACACUUCUGGAGGACACCAGGUUGGGGAAGACUAGUUCUAACUAGUCUUACGCAAAUUGUUUGGAGGCAGUGAUGCUUCUGAAUGCCAGUUGCUGGAAGCUGCAGGAGACAAGAGGAGAUGGCCUGGGUCUUGCUCUUACUUGGGUCUUGCCUGAGGGUUUUCCAUAAGGACCUGGUUGGCAACAGGAUGAGAACAGGGUCUGGUGGGCCAUUGGCCUGAUCUGGGGGCUCUUCUGCGGCGGAAGUGGGGGUAGGGAUGGGGGAAGGAUCAGAGGAACCGAGGCCACAGCUCACAUCGCUGCAAAAUUUCUUAUAAAAAUUUCCUUUUGCAACAAUAAAAUAUUGAUACAAUGAACCAAAGUAUCUAAAGCCCCACUCUGCCUGAUUAUUAUUAUUACUAUUAAUAUUUAUCAAUUAAAUGUAUAUACUGCCCUUCAUCAUAAGAUCUCGGGGGGGUUCACAGAAUAAAAAGGGCCAGCCAUGCCCUUGCCCCCCCCCCCGGUGCACCUGCUCGGGGCCUGGAGUGCAGAGCAAGUCCUGGGAAGCUGACUUCAGCUGAUGGGCAGGUUCAUGGGAAGAAGAGAGAGUCUCUCAAAUCAACACCCCCCCCAAAGCUCCUUUGGGGGCCCUUAACAGCUUAUAUAGCUUUGGCAUUGGUGUUUUGCUGGGAAGGGGGCUGAGAAGGCAUGCCACAAGUCCCAGCCCAGAUUUGCACCCAACCCAAGGCUGCUAGAUUAAUAAAACACACACAAGCCACCCAGAUGUGUUUGGCAGACCAAGUUGUUUGGCUUUCUGGAGUAAUCAUGUGCCAAGUAAUAAAUAACGCUAUUAAAUAAGAGCAGCACUUCGGACAGGCAGAGGAGCAAGUGAUGGGGCAGACAGGGGUAGGCUGAGAGUGGGGAACCUGAGGCCAUGCCCACCCCCACCCCCCAGCCCUGCUAGGCCCCCUAGAGAGGUUUACCUGACUGGAACGUGUCUUGACCCCCGAUGAGGCAUGUAGGUUGCCCCGGCAGAAAACAGAAAGGGCUCUGUGAGCAUGAGCAGAGAGCAGUGCACUUUGCAAAGGGAGACAUUUGCCUGGAUUGCUCCCCCUGCUUCUCCCACUGGCAUUCAGCCGUCAGGAAGUGUCACUCUCGGGGGGCUCCCUCAGGGGCUCAGGCCCCAGCAGCAGAAAUGCCAACUUUGCCAGCACAAACAGGGUUUGUGGUGAACUGCAUUCCCUUUCUCACGAGUAGCCUGCCCAUUCUGUACCCAUGGAGACCUCCUGAGCUACUGUCCUUCAUCCUGGGCCCAGAGAUUUUGUUGUCUGCACUCUCAAGGAUUGGGGGGGCGCACUCCCACCCCAUCCUCUGACAUGCCCCGAGGUUCUUCCUCUGGGGUCAGGCCAGAGGGCACCUCAAGGCACCCCUAGGUACAGGCCUGUUCCCCAGGGUCCUCAACCUGUGGGGUGUCUGGUUCAUUCUCCUUGCCCAGCACCAGAUGACGAAUAGGCCUGACAGAACAGUGCACAGAAGUGAAUCUUUUAGCUAAAAAAGGUCCUCCUCAACCUGUGGUAGCUUAAGAACCUCGGAAGAGACUGCGGGAUCAGGCCCAUGCCCCCCCCAGCCCUGCACCCUGAUCUCACAGUGGCCACCUGGACGCCUGGGGGGCAACCUGCAAGCAGGACAUGAGACAUUCUGCCUGCCUGCGAUGCCCAGCAGCUGCCUUCAGAGGCGCCAGGCCUUUGAUGGUGGAGGCACAGCAUAGUCAUUGCGGCUAGUAGCCACGGCUAGCCUGGUCUUCCGUUAAUUUCCCCAUCCAAGUUGGUGGCCGGCUCUGCCCCCUGUGGCAGGGAGUUCCAUAGUUUAGCUAUGCACUAUGCUUCUGUCCUGGGUCUCCCAACAUACAGAUUCAUUGGAUGCCCAUAAGUUCCAGCGUGAGGAGAGAGGGAGAAAAACUCUUCCCAACUCUCUUUCUCCACGCUGGGCAUCAUUUUAUAGACCUCUACCACGUCGGCUCAUAUUGUCUUUUCUCUAAGUCCCAAAUGCGGCAGCCUUUCCUCCUAGCAGAGUCUCUCCAUUCCCUUGACCAUUUGGGCAGCCCUUCUCUGAGCCUCUUUCUGCAGGGUCGUCUUUGAGGUUGGGCGAGCCAAACCUCACGCAGCACUCCAAGUACGGUCAUGCGGCAGAGUGGUCUAAGGGCAUGAUGAGAUGGGCAGUUUUGUUUUUGAUUGCUUUCCUAGGGAUGGCUGGCAUAGAUUUGCCUUGGUGUGUGUCUGGGGCAGGGGCGGCUGGAGGGCUCAUCCUGCCUGGUGCACAGGGAAGGGAGCGCUAGCCAGCUUCAGUGCCCCUCAGGCCUCACGCUGCCCCUCUCCCUCUGCACAGCUGCAGGGCCUGUGGGCGACGGCCUCCACAAGAAGAAGCACACACGGCCGACCUUCACGGGCCACCAGAUCUUUGCCCUGGAGAAAACCUUUGAGCAGACCAAGUACCUGGCUGGGCCUGAGCGGGCCAGACUUGCCUAUUCCCUUGGAAUGAGUGAAUCGCAGGUGAAGGUGAGCUCCCUGUACCUUUGUGAGUCAAGCUGGGGGAGGGCGGGGGCAGGGAAUCAGCAGCAGCACCCAUAGGCUCUGCUUCGCCCAGGUCAGCAACUGGCAGCCCUUGGGCCAAAUCCAGUCUCCAAAGAGGCACUGCCAAUUGGGAGGUGAAAGAACAAGCUGGAGAAGAGGCAUUGAUGGGACUUUGUGGGACAUCAGUUUAAAUCUGGGGCUCACAAUGCGGUGCUUGUGAGCACCAGAGCACCCUCAGGCACAUGGCUGAACACCCAUUCAUCCCAAUUGUUGGGGAUUCCCCCCCCCCUUUUUUUUUUGCUUGCAGAGGUUGCUUUGGGUUUCCUUGGUUUGUGUGUGGGGGGGAGGUUCCUGCUUUUUUUGUCUCUGCUUUGUUUGCUGGGGAAGCAGUUCUUUGGUGGUGAGGGAGGGUUAGGUCCUGUGCACUCUGUAUUUUGUGGUGCUCACAACAGUUUCUGAGAUUUUCAACGGUGCCUCUGGGAACCCCAAAAAGUUUGAGGGCCCAUGCUUUAAGGGGUGACCAAUGAAAUGCUUGCUCUCUGGCCUUAACCCCCAUCUCAAAGUGUGUCCCAUCCCCCCAAGCCAACCUGCUGAUCAGGGCUAACGAUGCAUAACAAGCCUGUGUGCAGCCUGUGUCCCUUUCACUCAUGUGGGUGAUAUGUGCAGGGAAGCCCACAGAGUUAUGCCAUGGGCUUUGCCUCAAAUGGCACUGGGACAAGAGCAGGAGAGCUGGAGCAGUUUGCCUCAGCAGGGUUUCUGCGUGUGUCACACCACAACAGGCUCCAAAACAGAGGCGUGUGUGUGUUUACACGUGCUAUAGAAUUAAAAACACGCUCUCCUGCUUUCAGAGUCACCAGCUGAGCAGGACAGGAGAAAGGACUGGCUUCUGUCAGCUUUUCACAAGUGCUGGAUGAUCAGAAAUCAGCAGGUGGAGUUUGGAAUGACAUGGUCCUAGGAGCAAGUUGAAAAGCUGGCAACCAAUACACUUUGGACCUGACUCUGCCACGACUCAUGUGCAGAAAGGUGGCCCACCUGUGAUCUAACUGUCCAAGGCCCUUUCCCCACAUAGAGCUGCUGCUGAGUGUGGAGACGGAAUCUUGUUUCCGUCUUGCUAAGCAGCCAGGGGGCUGCCCCUGCUGCCCCUUGGCAUUUGCCGCCUGAGGUGGUUGCCUUACGCUGCCCCACGGCAGGGCCUGCCCUCUCUCUGCCACAAGCUUCCCUGGCAGGCUGCUGCUUCAGGUUUUCCAAAGCUCGGUCAAGCCGUUAAGCAUUGUCUCAUUGCAAAAUUCUUAGCACACAUCACCUCAAAACAUAGGUAAAGGUAAAGGGACGCCUGACCAUUAGGUCCAGUCAUGGCCGACUCUGGGGCUGCGGCGCUCAUCUCGCUUUUAUUGGCCGAGGGAGCCGGCGUACAGCUUCCGGGUCAUGUGGCCAGCAUGACUAAGCCGCUUCUGGCGAACCAGAGCAGCGCACAGAAACGCCGUUUGCCUUCCCGCCGGAGCGAUACCUAUUUAUCUACUUGCACUUUGACGUGCUUUCGAACUGCUAGGUUGGCAGGAGUAGGGACCGAGCAGCAGGAUCUCACCCUGUCGUGGGGAUUUGAACUGCCAACCUUCUGAUCGGCAAGUCCUAGGCUCUGUGGUUUAACCCACAGCGCCACCCGCGUCCCAAGCCCUCAAAACAUAGUGGCAGAUUUAUUUUGGUUUUAAAAUUAUGCUACUAUUGAAGUUUUUAGAAGUUCAAGAAUUAAUCGUAGUUUAUUAGCAAUGAAUAGCAGUUUAUUAGUGAUAGACUUUUGGAACAUUAUUCUUUUUCAAAAUUGUCAUUAUGUAUUGCAUCCGAAUUAUUUUUUUGAAAAUGGCUGCAUGUCUAAGCAGACUAAUUAACCUGCCACCCAAUUAAAGAAAGCCAAUGGAUUGCAUUUGUUUUAGUCCACCAGUUACAUGGUUAAAUCUGAAUGCAUUUGCAUAUGACUAUAAGAAUAUUUCCAAAGAAAGAGGCACAUUUUGUUUUCAGAUGGCACACGAGGGUUGGACCAGGGUUCAAACCCCACUCGGCCAUGAAGCUCACAGGGUGACGUUGUGCCAUCACUCACUCUUGGCCAAUCCCACCUCGCAGGAUUCUUGUGAGGAUAAGUGGAGAGGAGACCUCUGCCCACCACCUGGAGCUCCAAGGAGGGAAGGUGGUGAAGUACAAAUGUAAUAAAUGAAAAUGAAUGGCAGCACGCACAGUCUUAGAAGAGACAUUCUGUGUGCCAGACUGCAACCCAGGUGCAGUAUUAAAAAUAUCUGACUUCUAAAAACAGUUCUGCUGGCCCCUUUUAAUCAAAAGAUCUUUAACAGUGCUGUGGCAGAAAUUUCUAUUUACCUUUUUUUUAACCAUUAAUGAGAAAGAAAUUCUCAAAAGGGAGAGAAAAUUUUGGUUAAUUUGUCAUGUACAUGUGUGUGAUUUGUGGUGCUUAUAUUAUAUCUGAAGUGAUCAAAGGGUCUCUUUCUUUCUUUCUUUCUUUCUUUCUUUCUUUCUUUCUUCCUAGCAUCCCUCCAGCAUUCUGCACUCUGUAGCCUCCCUGGGUGCCAUGAGGCAACUUCCUCUCUUGGGUGUAUGCAGCAGGGGAGGCUGCAAACCACUAAAGAAAUAUUUACUGGAUAGAAAAAGGCUAUAUUCAUGCCACUUUAAACACUCACAGCCCCCCCCCCCCCAGUUAUGGGAGCUGUAGUUUGUUAAAGGGGCUGAGAGUCGCUAGGCAAGCCCUAUUCCCAUCCCAGAGCUACAGUUCCCAGAGUGGUUUAACAGUCAAUCCCUUUUCAUAGGGAACUCUGGGAAUUGUAGAUCCAUGAGGGGAAUCAGGGCCCCCUAACAACUCUCAGCACCCUUAACAAACUACAGCUUCCCAAAUUUGUUGGUGGGGGCCGGAAGCCAUGAUUCUUUAAACUGGUAUCAUAGCACUUUAAAUGUAUGGUGUCAAUGUGGCCGAAGAAGCUCCACACAUCGGCACCUUGAGGGAUGCGCUAAGCUCAAUCCCACACCCAUUAAAAGCUCAAUGGAAUUCUAGAGCCACCUGAGAAUGAGGCAGAAGCCCGGGAAUCUCUUGGUGCAGGUUUGAUUCCACUGGGUUGCCCAAACUGCCCCAACCUUAUUUUAUUAUUUUAUUUAUUUGUUUUCAUGAAAUUUGACUGUAAAACAAAAACAAAACUCAAAGCAGUUCACAAAAAGAAUAAAGCAAUACGAAUAUGAGUAAAAACAGAUAAGAACAGGUAAAAACAACAAUUUAAAACAUUCAGAUAAUAAUUGAAAUAAGUGCUAAGCUAAAAGCAGAUUAAAAUGCACAUCCGCACAUGAGAGAUCUGGGUAGUCUGGCCUAAGCAAAAAGAGUUUAAGCAGGAGCCGGAGGCGACAUUUCCAUUUUGGAUUUCCCAGCCAUUCCCUGUAUCCUUUUUGGCACACGGACACACCUGGGGCAAUGCCAUCUCCCGGGUAAACUGGUCCCCGUGUUGUUAAGGGCUUUAUAGACCAAUGUGUAUUUGCCCCCCUCCUCUUCCUCUGGGCAGGACACCCUGGGAAGAAAUCUCUCCAGAAACAGAAGGGCAGGCUUUGGCGCAGCACCAGUUUUUCAUCAAUUGAUCUAACAAAUGGAUUGUCUUAAAUGUUGUAGCCCUAAAGUCAACAUAAUUUAAACUAAGAGAGUUAAAAUGGCCUCCCAAAACUCUUCACACUUUUUGUGGGUGGUGAAAUUGUGUGAGGGGCAUUUUGCCAUAUAUACUUGGAGGGAAAUGAAAGAUUCUUUAAUAUUUUUUCUUUGAAAACUCUAUUCUGAGAAAUGAAUUUUAGCUCACUUGAUGGCAAAUGAAACUAUUGCUUCUUUUCUCUAUAUUAGUGGAGGAAAGAAAGAAGCUGUGGGCCAAGAAAAAAGGUCUAGAAGGAGGAGGGACACCCACCCGCCCUGGUUCCUUCAAGAAAAUUGAAAUAAUAUUUAAAACAGUGGUAAAACUAGAUCUGAAAUAAUAUUUAAACAGUGGUAAAACUGGAUCUGCAGUUGUGUUCAAAACUGGGGAGGCCAUUGCACUAAAAUUUCUGUAGGCCAGGACUAAAAUGCUGCAGGAGUUUGAAAAGGGGGAAUUUCUUUCAAAUGUCUAGUUCUUUUACCAGAGAACUCUUGGUUUGUCGAUAAUUUAGUGCAACAAAAAUAGGAACUCCAAAAAGCAAGUGGAAGUGGAAACAAAUAGCAGAAUGGAAAAAAUGAAAGGGGUUUAUUGAGCCAGAGCAUUUCAGACCCCUCUGGUCCUCUUUCAGGGACAUUGUGGAGAACAGCGAUUCAAAAUUCCGAUCCAGUAUGCCUAAGAAACUGAAGAGGCACCGCUGGAUCAAUAAACCUCUUUUUCAGCUAUCAUUUAACAAACCCCUGCCAGCCCCUUUUCCUCUGGGGUGAAGUGACAACCCCCAAUUCAGAAGUACGAUUGCCAUCUUUCCCCGCCGGCAGGGCUCCUCUGCCUUAAAGAGCCUGCCGCCAGAAGCCCAUCAGCGGGGCGCGUUUCCCCCGGGCGCGCUGCCGGCUGGGGCGGCUGUUCCGCGAGCCCCUCCUGCCUUGGCUGGCGCAGCUCGCCUUGGUGGGCUCCGCCUGCGCUCGGCUCCUGCCGGCCUUGCGCGCUGCCCUGACCCGCUGCCCGUCCGCCUCCUUGCAGGUCUGGUUCCAGAACCGGCGCACCAAGUGGCGCAAGAAGAGCGCCCUGGAGCCGUCGUCGUCUUCGCCCCGCGCGGCGGCCGGAGCGGGCGAGCGCCCAGCCUCGGACGAGGACGACGAAUACAACAAGCCUCUGGACCCGGACUCGGACGACGAGAAGAUCCGCCUGCUGCUGCGCAAGCACCGCGCCGCCUUCUCGGUGCUGGGCCUGGGCUCGCCCAGCGGCUGAGCGGCAGCGAGGACUCCGGCCAGCGGGAAGAGGAGCAGCUCAGGCGGCAGGACGGGGCGGGGCGCACGCCGCACUCCGGCCGCGAAGCCUUCCUGGCUGCAUGCCCCGACCCUCAAGUCCUCUCCAGCAGCAAAGGGAAGUUUCAUCACAUAGGCUUUAAUUUCUCUGUUUAUAAAAAAAGGAAAGCAAAUAUUUUCAAACCACUUACAAAAUGACUCCAGGGGUUGCGGGAGGCGCUCGCUCUCAGGUUGUGUCACAGGCACGAGCCAAUAGUCACCUUCCACAGCCAGUUUUUCCUUGUUCAAACUGAAUCAUGCGGAAAACAUGCCCCCAAUUGUUCAAGAUGUGCUAGUAUCGAGGAGACUGACCAGCAACACCCUUCAUAAAACGUUACACCUGUGUUCACCCUUCAUUUGAGCCAGAGCUCACAAGUGCUGGGCCCUAGCAUCCCGCCUUCAGUACUGACAUCCGGCUCUGAAAGUUGUAAAGCAAAUAUAAAGGAGAGUGCUCCUGAACAUAGGCAGAGUACUCUUCAGUUGCCACUCCGGUGUCACAGCCUGCCCUCCCACAACCUGUUGGGGUUGGAGCUGCAGGUACAAAUGUGAGUCCCCUUAGGCCCAGCUCAGCACCAGAUCCUGGCAACACUUUGAGAGGCUUAAACUGGGUCUGCAGUAUUCUGUUUUCCCAGGGAAGGCAGAAAAAAACCUAUUCAUUCUCAGCAACCACCAAGCAGCAAUUCCUUUGCUGAGGUGAGGCUGCCACUGCAGCAAAACUGAUGCAGAUCUGAUAUAUGCUUUUAAUGUAGCUAAAUGAGAAGCUAGCAGGGAGAAGUUUGGCAAAUGCAACUUCUCCUGUUCCAAUACUGUACUCACAGGAAAAAGCUACAAUUAAAAAACUAAAGUACUGUACCAGGACUCAAGCCUAGGAUAUACAGAAGAGGAUAUAAUUAGUGCUGUUCCAAACAUUUUUCCUGCAUUUCUUUCUUUUCUUGUUGUCCACUUGUUGUUCCCAUCAAUUAAUGAGAAAAGAAACUGCAUUGUAUAAUUAUCACAGGAAAGAGGAAAUGUUGAGAAAAUUAUCAUGGGUCUAGUGCACGGUUUUUGUUGCCCUUAGCUUCCUUUUGAAGUGGCUGAGGGGUUUCUUCCUUCUGCAAAUGUCCUGUGGUUCUGCAUCCCACAGCCUCGGUGAGGGACGGCACUUUCUGAAAGGCCAGGGCAGCUGUGGCUGGGCUUUCAUGUACGUGCAGAAGGCAGGAGUCCUGUCUACUGCUUGCCAGACCAUGGUUUGUGGGCAUUUAAAAAAAAAAGCAAAGGCUUUUAUUUUUAAAUAAAUCAGUGUUGAAAUCUCUCUCUUUUUUUAGGUAAAAGGAAC